UGUGCUCACUGAUCUGCUUCUAGGGCCACCAACAUGUCGAGCCGUGGUGGGAAGAAGAAGUCCACCAAGACUUCCCGGUCUGCCAAGGCAGGAGUCAUCUUCCCUGUGGGGCGGAUGCUGAGGUACAUCAAGAAAGGCCACCCCAAGUACAGGAUUGGAGUCGGGGCACCUGUGUACAUGGCUGCUGUCCUGGAAUACCUGACAGCGGAGAUCCUGGAGCUGGCUGGCAAUGCAGCAAGAGACAAUAAGAAGGGACGGGUCACACCUCGGCACAUCCUGCUGGCUGUGGCCAAUGAUGAAGAGUUGAAUCAGCUGCUAAAAGGAGUGACCAUAGCCAGUGGAGGAGUGUUACCGAACAUUCACCCUGAGUUGCUAGCAAAGAAGCGAGGAUCCAAAGGAAAAUUGGAAGCCAUCAUCACACCACCCCCAGCCAAAAAGGCCAAGUCUCCAUCCCAGAAGAAGCCUGUUUCUAAGAAAGCAGGAGGAAAGAAAGGGGCUCGAAAAUCCAAGAAGAAACAGGGAGAAGUCAGCAAGGCAGCCAGUGCUGAUAGCACAACAGAGGGAACACCAGCAGAUGGCUUCACAGUCCUCUCCACCAAGAGCCUCUUCCUUGGCCAGAAGCUGAACCUUAUUCACAGUGAAAUCAGUAAUUUAGCCGGCUUUGAGGUGGAGGCCAUAAUCAAUCCUACCAAUGCUGACAUUGACCUUAAAGAUGACCUAGGAAACACACUGGAGAAGAAGGGUGGCAAGGAGUUUGUGGAAGCUGUUCUGGAACUCCGGAAAAAAAAUGGGCCCUUGGAAGUAGCUGGAGCUGCUGUCAGUGCAGGCCAUGGCCUACCCGCCAAGUUUGUGAUCCACUGUAAUAGCCCAGUCUGGGGUGCGGACAAGUGUGAAGAACUUCUGGAAAAGACAGUGAAAAAUUGCCUGGCCCUGGCUGAUGAUAAGAAGCUGAAAUCCAUCGCAUUUCCAUCUAUUGGCAGUGGCAGGAAUGGCUUCCCAAAGCAAACAGCAGCCCAGCUCAUUCUGAAGGCCAUCUCCAGUUACUUUGUGUCCACGAUGUCCUCCUCCAUCAAAACAGUGUACUUCGUGCUCUUUGACAGUGAGAGUAUAGGCAUCUACGUGCAGGAAAUGGCCAAGCUGGAUGCCAACUAGGCUGAAGAACUCCAGAACCAGCCCAUGCUGUUCCCCCGCCUCUGAUUCAAAAGAAAAAAAAAAUCCCCCCCCCUUCACUUUUACUGGGAGGCGAGAGCCCUUUCAUUUUCAAUUUUGCUCAUCUAGGGAAAAUAAGGUUUUGGUUUCCAGUUUAAUUGUUUUUGACCUUCUAAAAUGUUUU